AUAGGGAGUGCAGGGCAAGACCCCGUCCGCUCAAUGUCUCAUUCAGUGAACCACUGGGAACUAAAGCGAUCUUUAGAGGAAAGUCCAGAGACCCACAUCGACAAUGAGAGCCAACGGGAGAGACUGUCUCCCAACUCCAUCAUCCUGUCCGUCCUGUCCUGUUUCUGCCCGUCCUACCCCAUCAACAUCGUGGCUUUCGUCUUUUCCAUGAUGUCUCUACAAAGCUAUAAUCGAGGUGAUAUCGACGAAUCCAAGAAGCUGGGGCGUGUAGCGAAGUUGGUUGCCAUUGCAGCUAUCAUCCUUGGAUUAUUAGUUAUUGGGAUCUUCUGCAUCGUUCACUUCACUACGAACCAAUGACACCUGCCAAACAUUGAGGAAGUUCAGAGUCUCGGGAGAAACUCGUCCACACGUAAUCAUGUCACCCCAAGAAAAGGAAGGCGUUACGCUUAAUCAGCUCACGUCUCGUGCAGUUUGUUAUAAUUGACAUAAUCUCUCUCAUUCAGUUGACUUUCAGGCCUGAUUGUGUGUGUUUUUGUUUUAAAUCCCACACGCAACUUUUUUUUAAAAAAAGGAACAGUUUGGGGAAUUUUCAGUUCAAGGACAUUUGUCGAGAAAAAAAUACAAGUUCUCUCUGCAAUCAGAUCGUGGAUAACUAGAAGCAAACCAGCAUCAAUAAUUAUUACUAGAUGUUAGGUUUGGUAACAACAAAUCUCUUUAAUUUAAUGCACCACGUGGUCACCCAGGCAGGGCAACAUCUUAUCAUGUGUAAAGUCGUGCGGCAGAAGCGAUUCUCAAGCAGAAUUGGAUGACUCCACCCGAAUCCUCCGCUCCACCAUCAGCGGCCGAGUCUUCAGCCACUGCGCCCCGAAACUUUGGAGCUCCCUCCCUCAAUCCCUUCACCGCGCCCUUGGUGCUUGAUGUCAGAUUGUGAGGGAUUGGAAACGUUUAUAGAGAACUUUACAUUUGUUUUAUAUUUGCAAAUGUUUAUAUAUAUAUAUUUAAAAAAAAAGUUUUUUCAGUGACUGAUAAAAUGUUAUUUUUCUGUACCUUAAGUCACAGGUGCGUACCACUGAACUGUUCACCAGACUUUCCAACACUUCCCUCCACAAGUUACAGAUUAUUCAGAACUCUGCAGCUCGUGUGCUCUCCCGCACUAAGCUCCGUAAACCGAUCACCCCAUCCUGUUAUGUAUGUUUAACGUUUUGUCCACAAAAAUAUACCGUCAAUUCGCUUUACAGUAUAUCCUGUGA